AUGAGCAAAAAUAACAUCUUAGAAUUUUCAAUAACAACGUUAACAGAGAUUUACAAUAAAAAAAAACCUGAGUUAAUUGACAUUUGUAUAUCACAAAAUUUAAAAUCAACAGGAACAGUUCGAGAAUUGAGAGCUCGUUUAUCAAAAUAUUUUAAAGGUAACAUAGAACUUGACGAUAUUAGAGAAACUUUAACAGAAAGAGAAAAACAGGCUGUAAUUAAUAUCUCAGUGGAAAAUAGAAUCAAAAUAGAAGGUAUUGAGCUUGAGGAAAAUUCAGAGGAAGAGAAUGACUAUUAUAACUUAAAAACGAAAGAGGAAGUAGAGAAAUCAAAACAAUUAUAUGAAAAUAUCAAUACCAAAGCUCAGGACAUAACUAAUACAAUCGAAAAAAUUAUAAAUAACGAUAAAAAUCAAUACAUAAAUAACUCUGACAACAUAUAUGAAUCAUUAAAUUUUAACGAACAAAACACAGAAGGAAACAGUAGUGACAAUUUCGAUAGGUUUAACAUUUUAAAUAAAAGUUUCCAUAACAAAGAUAAGAAUAUAAAGAAAUCUCCAGAAAAUUCAGAAAAAGAAAACAAUUUAAAUACUUUAAAAAUUAGCAAUAAUACUUGUGAAAAUCAUAUUACUUCUGACAACAAAAAAAAUAAAGAAGUAAAAAGAAAUUUACAAAUGACACCCGACUAUUUUACAGGCAAUGAGGACGUAAAAAAAUUCUUAAAACAAUAUUCUAUGAUAACUGACUUUAAUAACUGGGACGAAAAAGAUAAACUAAAAUUUUUACCAAUGUUUGUAAAAGGAACUGCGAGCAAUUUCUUAGACAAUUUAAAUAAUUUAAAAACAAACUGGACAUGGAAAGAGAUAGAGGAUGCGUUUAUUGAUCAAUAUCUACCUAUUGAUUACACUACCAUUUUAAAGACAAAUUUAGAAAAUAGGAGACAGGGAGAAUCAGAGUCAGCAACAAGUUUCAUGACUGAGAUCGAAAAAAAUCUAAAAAAAUACGAACUUAUGCAACAUAGAAUUAAUAACAGAGGCCCGACAAUUAACAAUUACACUGACUUACUAAAUUUACAAGUGACUAAAUUACAAGAGUUUCAUAAAAAUAAAGAAAUAAAAAAGAACGAGGAACACACUGAAAACUUAUUAUUAAAAAUAGAACAACUUACGGAAGAAGUUAAAAGAAUGAAUAUGCUGGGAAAGAAUACAAAUAGAUCUGUAGAUUUUAGAGAAAAUAGAUAUUAUGACGAUUAUGAAGACAAGAGUUACUAUAGAAAUAAUGAGACAAGAGGCCGUGAUUAUAAUAGAAAUAAAGAUUACUAUAGGAAACCAGAAUAUAGAUACAAAAGUCCAUACCCAGGAAGAUCGCGAGAAUCAAGCAGGGAUUCAAGAAGAUAUAAUAGAAACCGAUCUUUUUCGAGAGAUAAUCAGCGUAGAAAUAGAGAUAGAUCAUAUUCAAGAGAGAGACCAGACUCACGUGAACAAAGUUACACUAGAGAAUCACAAAGAGAUAAUUAUAAGAGACAAGAUAGUCGAGAUAGACAAAGCAGAUCGAGGACACCGGAACAAUAUAGAAAUAAAGAUAAACAAAAAGAAAUGAGAGGUGAAAUGGAAAAUAUAACGUGUUAUAAAUGUGAGAGAAGAGGACACUAUGCAACACAGUGUGAUAAUGUAAAAAACUAA